AUGCUACCUUCAAUAACCUCAAAGUAUAUUAAUAUUCUAUUUUUGAGCUUGCUUUUUUUAAUUUACUUCUCAAUUUCUGUAACUGGCAGCAAAAAUGAAAUACAGUCAAGGGCUGAUGACAUAUGCACCACUACAGAAUAUCAGAACAAAUAUCAAAACUACAUAGAAACAUUACGUGAAAAGGUCAAAGUUGAACUUGUUGAGCUUGAAAGACGAGAACAAAUAAAGUUAGAACUAUCGCGUGUUGAUGCGCUUAAAAAUUUAACUUUUGGAUUAUUAGAUAUCUUUGAUAAAAUAAUCGAUGAACAUGAUAUUGAUGAUGAUUCAUUAUCCCAACCGAAUUUUCAAAAAAUUAUUUUGAAAUUAAUUUCAGCAUUUCAUCAUACUGCAUUAAAGAUGAAUGAUACGGCAUUUCUGGAACAAAUAUGGAACCAAUAUCAAAAACACAAUAAAAAUGAUACUGUUGGUUUAUUUCAUAAAGUUCAUGGUGCCAAAGAAAAUAUGGCGACUGAAAUAGUUGACAACGUACUUCACGGAGUUAGUGAUUCCGCGGAUAGAUUAGAAGAAAAUAUGCAUAGGCAUAAUUUUGGUGGAAAUUCCAACUUGCGCGGAUCUCUUGAAACUGUCAUUAAAUUGGAAGAAGAUGAUUAUAUGGGUGAUAAUAAACAUGAUCAACUUGAUUUGGAUAAUGAAGAGGAACCUCGUCGUCGAGGUCACGUUAAAGUAAUAACAAUUGUGGAUGCGGACAACAAUGAAUAUGUUCUAACGAGACCCAAUGAUUUGACUAUGUUUUAUGAAGUUGCAGCAUUUAUAUUUGGUUGGGCUUUUAAUAGUUUUGGAUUACCAGAAACACUUUCACAAUUUGGUGUUGUAUUUAUUGUAUUCAUGUUGGGAUUAGAAUUUUCAUUCGAAAAGCUAAGAUCUAUUUGGAGAUUUGCCCUCGGAAGUGCUUCAUUGAUAUUCACAGCAACCCUUAGUUUUUUUAUCUUGGCAGGAUUCAUUGUUGGUGCGAGUGUUAAUGAAUCGAUUUUCAUAGGGGCAUGCGUAUCUCUUUCGAGCACAGCCGUUGUUGAACGGUUACAAUGUUCAGAGUUAAAACCACUUUACGGCUUGCUUGUCAUGCAAGAUGUGUUAUUUGGACGCUUAAUUUUAUCGUUAAUCGUUUUCACAACUUUUAGUCUCGCUAUUGCAAAUAUACCAAUUGGAUGGCUUCUAAAAGUUGUGAAAGGUUCCGAGAAUCAUGAACUUUUUCUCUUGGGAUCAAUUUCAAUGUGUUUAUUAAUGUCACAAGUAUCAUUAAUGUUGGGACUUGGAGUGGAAAUUGGAUGUUUUGUAGCAGGAGUUCUUAUUCAUAAUCGAUUACAUGUAUAUCCGAGCUUUUUGAUAAACGAGGGACCGUUGCUCUUCACAUUAACAGCAGGGGCGGUAGGAUUUAAAUUCAUAACAAGUACAAUAUCAUUAACACUUCUUGGACAUAGUUUGCAAAAAGCAAGCACGAUGGCAAUUGGAUUAUCACAAAUUAGUGAAUUUGCUUUUGUAUUAGGGAGUAAAGCAAAAGGGUUUGGUAUUAUAUCACGAGAAGUUUAUUAUUUAUUAUUAACAACUACUUCUUUAACAUUGAUGGUUACUCCUAUUUUAUGGAAUCUCUUAUUUAGAAAUAGAAAGGUGGUUUCUAGCGUCGAGGGUGGAUUAAAUGUUAGAAAUACUUCUUAA